AUGAAGUACCUUCAGUUCCUUGCUGCUGUGGCAGCUGUCUCUGCCUUCUCUGGCCCCGUCCUUGCCCAUGAGGGUGUGGACAACACCAACCAGGUGCUCCCCGUUCAGCUCACUGGCGCUGCCCUCUCGCAGGUCGUUAACGGCCAGCACGCCGAGCGCUCCAUCGGUCUCGACAACUCUGCCCAGUUUGUCCCCGCCGAGGGAACCAUCGCUGCUCUCUCUGCCGCCCUGAACGGCCAGAAGGCUACCAAGCGAUCCAUCGGUGUCGACAACUCUGCCCAGUUUGUUCCUGUCGAGGGAACCAUCGCUGCUCUCUCUGCCGCCCUGAACGGCCAGAAGGCUACCAAGCGAUCCAUCGGUGUCGACAACUCGUCGCAGUUCGUUCCUGUGGAGGCCACCAUCGCCGCCCUCUCCCAGGUGCUCAACGAGCAGAAGGCGCUGAAGCGUGACAACAUUGUCAAGAACAACAACCAGAUCAUCCCCAUCGAGGCUACCCUCGCUGCCCUCUCCUCUGUUGCCAACGGUCAGAAGUCGGCCGCCAAGCGCGCCGUCGGCGUCGACAACUCGGCUCAGUUCGUCCCCGUCGAGGCUACCAUCGCUGCGCUCUCGCAGGUUCUUAACGGCCAGAAGGCUACCAAGCGAUCCAUUGGUGUCGACAACUCGUCGCAGUUUGUCCCUGUCGAGGCCACCAUUGCUGCUCUCUCCCAGGUGCUCAACGCUCAGAAGGCUGAGCGUUCCAUUGAUGUCAAGAACAGCGCUCAAUUCGUUCCCAUCGAGGCUACCAUUGCUGCCCUCUCCGCUGUUGCCAACGGACAACACGCCACCAAGCGCGGUGAAGGCGUUGAGAACUCCAACCAGGUUCUUCCUAUCCAGGCCACUGCUGCUCUCCUUUCCGAGGUCGGCAACCUGCAGAAAGUCCACGCUCGCAAGGCUCCCUCGCUCAACGAGGUUGACAACACCAACCAGGUGCUGCCCAUCCAGGCCACUGCCGCCCUUCUCUCGGAGGUCGCCAACCUCCAGACCGCCUCCAAGCGCUGGGAGCACGAGCACAAGGUUGAGAACAACAACCAGGUGGUCCCUGUCCAGGGCACUCUCGCUGGUCUCUCUCAGGUGCUGAACGGCCAGACUGUCGAGAAGCGCAAGGCGCCCGAGUUCAAGAACUCGAACCAGGUGCUGCCCAUCCAGGCUACCGCUGCUCUUCUUUCGGAUGUCGAGAACAUCCAGAAGGUCUCGCGUAAGGCUCCUGAGUUCCACAGUGUCGACAACACCAACCAGGUCCUUCCCAUCCAGGCCACUGCUGCUCUUCUUUCGGAUGUCGAGAACAUCCAGAAGGUCUCGCGUAAGGCUCCUGAGUUCCACAGUGUCGACAACACCAACCAGGUCCUUCCCAUCCAGGCCACUGCUGCCGCUCUGUCCCAGGUGAUCAACAGCCAGAAGGCUACCAAGCGUCACGACAACGUCGUCGACAACACCAACCAGGUUCUUCCCAUCGAGGCCACUCUUGCUGCUCUCUCCCAAGUUCUCAACAGCCAGAAGGCCGAGCGAUCGAUCGCCGUCGACAACAGCGCUCAGUUCCUUCCCAUCGAGGCCACCAUCGCCGCCCUCUCUCAAGUCGCGAACGGCCAGCACGCUACCAAGCGUGGUGAGGGCAUUGACAACGACAACCAGGUGGUUCCUGUCCAGGCGGUGGCAGCUGCUCUGUCCCAGGUUGUUGGUGGACAGAAGUUGACCCGACGAGGUGAGAUCGAUUCUAAGAAAAACGUCAACCAAGUAGCACCUGCUCAAGCCACCCUUUCCGCCCUAUCCGAUAUUGUCAACAGCGCGAACUCCCGCCGAGCGCUGGAUGUAAAGCAAUACGAAUCCCUGCAGACCGCGAUCGAUGCCAUUCAGAAGGUUUUGGACAAGACCAACACCGGAGACAAGACACACCACGUCGAUGCCUUGACGGGAACCGCCGAACACUUUACGCACAAGAGGGACGGUGUUGAUCCCGCUUCCCUGCUCAAAGGCGCUGCCAGCGGAAUCUCUGUUCCUGUGGCCAACCAGGAUCUGCUCAAGAACCUCGUCAAGCGUUACGCAGCGGAGGAGGACGAAGCCAUGGCCAAGCGCACACCGUCGCUCGAUGGUCGUGGUCAACGUCCCCGUCCUCGUACCUCUUCUUCGAGCGAGCACAACAACAACGGUCAGUGCUCCGUAGGCGAGGCCAAAUGCUGCAGCCAAGUUAUCAACGACGAAAGCAAGAAGAAAACUCUCGCAGGUCUUCUCGGCUUCAACAACUUGGCUGGAGACAUCGGCCUCAACUGCCAGCAGAUCCCCGUUCUCGGCGUUUCACUUCAAAGCAUCUGCAAGGCCACCCCCGUAUGCUGCACAAACGUUAGCCAAGAUGGUCUUGUCAACAUCGGAUGCACUUCGAUCCCCAUCAACUAA